CAAUCAAUGAGCCGAGCAUCCAGUCUGCAGAUCAGUCCGUGGCCGGACACAGCGCAGCAUCCGCCGGGGACCCUUCCAUCCCAGCCUGGCUCCCACUCCGGAUCUGUGCGGAUGUGGCCCCUAAUCCCCAGUCUGACCGAGGAUGGGCACAGCUGUGUCCAAGAAGAAGGCGCUGAGGAAUGACACCAUCUCCCAUGUAGCAGCCAAAGUUCGAGCAGCGAGGGCUUUCGGAGAAUAUCUGUCCCAGACCCAUCCCGACAGCCGAAACGGCUCCGACCAUCUCCUUGUGCAGGAGGAUUCACCAGAAAUGCUCCAAGGGUCUCAAAACAAACGUCGUCUUUCAGCCAUAUCUGACAGCAAGCUAGAACGAAGUUUUUCGGAGGAACACACAGAGAAGGUGCCCAGCGAGGGCCCCAAACCUCGUGUUUAUACCAUCUCCGGAGAAAGGCCCAUGUUGUCCGACCAUGAGAGCGAUAGUAUGGAGCUGGUGGUGAUGAAGCCAGACCAAGACGAGAGAGAGCACCAUCACUCCCAUCAUUACAGUCAUCACCACCAACCCCUGCAAAACUCAGGCAGCGCCCACAAUAUCACCAGGCCUUCAAAAAGCUGGUCAGGCAGCCGGCAGAAUUCCAAGGAGUGCCCGAACUGUGCCAAGCUUACGGUGCCAGCCCAACACUCGUUUGAUCUGGAGCAGCACCAAGCCAAUGAAUCCGGUUGGCGUAGGAAAAAGCUGGAACGCAUGUACAGUAUCGACAGAGUGUCUGAUGAUGUUCCUAUACGGACUUGGUUUCCUAAGGAAAAUCUCUUCACCUUUCAGACUGCCACCACAACUAUGCAAGCUAUCUCGGCCUUCCGAGGCUAUGCCGAGAGGAAGAGACGGAAGCGAGAGAAUGACUCGGCAGCUGUUAUUCAGAGGAAUUUCCGAAAGCAUUUACGGAUGGUCGGAAGCCGCAGAAUGAAAGCUCAGUCUUUUGCUGACCGCCGAGAAAGGAGCUUCAGCCGGUCCUGGAGCGACCCUACCCCAGUCAAAGCAGACUCCAUCCAUGAUUCCAAAGAAAGCAAUGACCUGCAAAAUUCCUGCACAGCUCUGAACGAGGAGUCUGAGGAUUUGAACUGGGAGGCCGAGAGAGAAAUGGAAAUUACGUCUUGUGAAGGAGAAGAUUUUAUUCCACCCAAAAUCAUGCUAAUAUCAUCCAAAGUUCCCAAAGCAGAAUAUAUUCCUACCAUAAUACGAAGAGAUGACCCUUCCAUCAUCCCCAUUCUCUAUGACCAUGAACAUGCAACAUUUGAUGACAUCUUGGAGGAGAUUGAGAAGAAGCUGAAUGUAUACAGAAAAGGGUGCAAAAUCCGACAGAUGCUCAUUUUCUGCCAGGGGGGACCUGGCUACCUCUACCUAUUAAAAAAUAAAGUUGCUACAUUUGCCAAAGUGGAGAAAGAGGAGGAUCUUAUUCAGUUUUGGAGAAAGCUUAGCAGGUUGAUGAGUAAAACCAACCCAGAACCCAAUGUAAUCCAUAUCAUGGGGUGCUACGUCUUGGGAAACCCUAAUGGUGAAAAGCUUUUCCAGAAUCUGAAGAAUCUAAUGAGUCCACACCGGAUUGAUUUCAAGUCUCCUCUGGAACUGUCUGCACAAGGAAAGCAAUUGAUCGAAACCUAUUUUGACUUUCGAUUAUAUCGCCUUUGGAAAACCCGCCAGCACUCGAAGUUGCUGGAUUACGACGACAUCUUAUGAGCCCAGUAAAAGGCCAUUUUAGGAGAACUUUUUUGCUGCUUCCCAGGGGGCUGUCAGUCUGCUGGGACCUCCCGCUAUAGAGUGCCAGGUACCAGAGUACGAAGACGGAAAUGAAAGGCACAGUCCGCUGGCGAUUUUAGCGGUUGUUAUACCUUGGAAAGGUGUCGGCCCGAAGCUUGACAAGUCUGAAGACAAGAGCAAUGAGAGAAAGAGGAGAAUACGUCUUCAUACUGAGCUUCAUUAAUUCAGGGCGAAAACAAACAAAACAAAGAAUCAUCGGGUCCGCUAUCCUAAAGGUCCUCGUAAGACUUCAGCUCAGGUUUUAUUACGAAAAAUAAUGUUAACUACUCUUGCACUAAAGAGCAAGGACCCCGAUUAGCCUUCAAAAACCACAGCAAACUUUUUUUGUAGCAAACCCAGGUGACCUUUAUUUCCUUCAGGCGGAGGAUGACCAAGAACGCCAAGAACGAGCGCCACAAAUGCUGUACAGCUGGCGUUGGAAGCAGGAAGGCUGGACUUAUUUAGAAUAAUUACAUUUGUGAAAAUAGAUAUAUCUAUAUAAUAUAUACAUAUAUCUUAUUAGAAGGUUUCUAGUAAUUUUAUGUGGGGUGACUUAGGAUACAAGUGCAAUUUUUUUUUUCUUUUUUAAACAAUUAGCAUAUUUAAUUGUUAUAAAUAAAACGUGCAGAGGUUGUUUAGCUACCCUGCACAGUGUGUUUUGUGACAGAGCGGGACACUCUAUACACAGUAGAACACAGUCUUUUGUAGUCAUCUAGAUCACCAGCAAUCAUGUGUUGUUCCCCUGCUUUCCUACCCAACGGUAGUUCCCGUCCCACACACUGUGCUUCGUGUUACCAAUUGUGUCUUGAAUAGUGACGGUGUCGCCAAGCAACCCCACCCUACUGUUGGACGUUGUGCUCUGCACACUUCCGCAUCCAUCUAGCACCUUGCAAUAUAUUGAUAUUAUUAUGCGAACAUAGUAGGCUUCAGUAGAAUUAUAUGUACAGUACACUUAGCGGAAAACGGUAUAUAUUUACAUAUAUAAAAUUCAUUUAUAGGCGACUAGCCAUAACGAUGGUAUAGCCCAUCUUUGAAGAGUGUCAGGUUUUUCUCUUCUCUCGAUGGGACCUCAGGUUUGGUAUGUUUUUGGUGUGUAACCGUGCAUUCUGUAAGCCAGGGGUAUGAAUCGUCUGCAUCCAUAAAGGAUGUUUUUUUUUUUUUUCAGAGGCGAGGCCUGGUUUUAUAUAGUGUGUGUAUUGAUGCAGCCAUAACAUGGGGAAACCACUGGCUGAUGUAUCUAUAGAAUAAUCAUGUUGAGGGGUGGGUGAUCAUUGCUUUUUCAAGAUUGUAUUACUGAGAUGUUCAGAUUUUUGUUGUUAUCUCAAACAGUCAAAUCUUUAUGGCCUCAGUUCUUUGCUUGAUUUUGGGUCAGAAAGAGGCUGAGUCAUAAAAUCACAAAUUUCAGCUAGUACACACCUGCAUUUCACAUUCAUGUCAUCAGCAUUGCACAUCUUACCGUACUUAUUGGAUUUAAAUUUUCCUCCUAAAAUAUAUAGAGACCCAAUUCAUUUAAACGGCCAGCCAACCGUACACUUUGGGACCAGAUGUUGGUAAUCAGUAGUCUAAACCAGGCAAGCAAAACCUAAUGUAUAAAUUGUAAUCUAUUAUUUAAUGCAAACUAGAAGCCAGCAGGCACUGUUUAGGCUCCAGAGAACACGUGAUUCCAUUUGUUAAAGUCACUUUGAUGACCCAGCUGCUUUACAAUCUAGAUUUAAUUUGAACUAGACUCUUCACAAGAGAGUCAUGCCUAUAUUUUAUGAGACACCCCAUCAUACUGUAAAUAUGUGUUGAUUUAAAGCAUUUUAAAAGGUUUCUACAUAUCCUAUAUAAUCAAAGCAAAUAUAUUUUUUCUAAAUUUUAGUCUAUAAAUUGCAGGGGUCUAUCAUGAGUUCCCUAGUGACAAUGCAAUAAGAAAUGCGCAUCCUUAAAUUUAUUUUGCUGUAUUUUGGAGAUGCAUGUGGUUCAUAAUAAUCUCUUGAAACUUUGGAGCCUAGAGCUUCAAUAAUGCUUUUUUCUUUGGAAGUGGGGUGUUUAUAACUAUAAGCAUUUAUAAGCAUUGUUUUUCUCAAUUUCUUUUCUUUUCUCUUUUUGUGCAUUUCAUUUUACCUAGAUUUUUUAGCAGAUCUUGAUGAUUAGUGUAUUAUUUUGGAGAUAAAAAAGGACAAUCUGUUCUUCACCAGCACAAUUGCUAUUAUUUAAUAAAGAAUAAAAAGCUGUGCCCCAA